AUGGCCGCGGGCGGCGGCGGCAGCAGCAGCAGCAGCGCGGAGGAGAGGACCUACCGCCGCUUCUUGGAGGCUUUCCUGGGCGAGUUCCGCGGACCUUUCGAAGCGGCGGCCGAGAGCCCCGCGCCCGCGUCGCCCUCCUCCGCCUCCGCCUCCACCUCCUCCUCCUCCGCGGGCGGCGGCGGCGAAGGAGCGGCGGCCGGCAGCGAAGCCGGGGAAGGAGAAGAACCGCCGCCGCCGUCGCCGUCGCCUCCUCCUCCGCCUGGCGGGGACGGAGAAGCCACCGCGGCCGAGGAACCCGAGGAGGCUCCUCCGGCCGAGCCAGCGCCUCCGCCGCCGCCGCCGCCUCGCCCGGCCAGCCCUUGCCCGCCGGUGCCGCUGCCUCCGCUGCCCUCGCUGCCCCGGCCGCUCUCGGAGCACAUCACGGAGGAGGAGGUGGAAGGCGAGUGCCUGGACCUCUGCCUGCAGCAGCUCUACAAGUACAACUGCCCUUCUCUCCUGGCAGCAGCGUUAGCCCGGGCAACAGCGGAUGAAGUCCUGCAGAGCGACCUGUCCAAUCAUUACCUGCCCAAACACGAGGACAGUCCAGAUGGGAUCAUACGUGAGAAAAGUUCACCACCGCCAGUUUCCAAGGCCAGGAUGAAGGCCUUUGCUUUCGCCAGCCCUGAGCAGCGGCAUCGCAUCAUUGUGCUUCAUGAAGAGGGUUACUCCUGUGCAGAAAUAGCCAAGAGACUGAAAUGCCUUCGCACCACAGAUCAAGGGGAGCAGGCCUAUUUUGCCGUCUUUGACGGCCACGGAGGAGUGGACGCUGCCAUUUACGCCUCCAUUCACCUGCACGUGAAUUUGGUGCACCAAGAAGCGUUCCAGCACGACCCGGCGGAAGCCCUCUGCAAAGCCUUCCGGGUGACGGAUGAACGUUUUGUGCAGAAGGCAGCCAGAGAGAGCCUGCGAUGUGGCACCACAGGUGUCGUGACGUUCAUCCGAAGGAACAUGUUGUACGUGGCCUGGCUGGGAGACUCGCAAGUCAUGCUCGUGAAAAGGGGCCAGGCGGUAGAACUGAUGAAGCCUCAUAAGCCAGACCGGGAGGAUGAGAAGAAACGCAUCGAGGCCCUUGGAGGCUGUGUGGUCUGGUUCGGAGCAUGGCGAGUCAACGGAAGCCUUUCUGUCUCCAGAGCCAUUGGUGAUGCAGAGCACAAGCCAUAUAUCUGUGGAGAAGCAGAUUCUGGAUCCACAGUGCUGGAUGGAUCAGAGGAUUACCUCAUUCUAGCCUGCGACGGCUUCUACGACACGGUGAACCCCGACGAGGCGGUGAAAGUGGUGGCCGACCACCUGAAGGAGAACAACGGGGACAGCACCAUGGUAGCCCACAAGUUGGUGGCUUCCGCUCGAGAUGCCGGCUCCAGUGACAACAUCACCGUCAUUGUGGUCUUUCUCAGGGACAUGAGCGCCGCCGACAGUGUUGACGAAGAAUCUGAGUGGACCGAGAACUCUUUCCAAGGCGGGCAAGAGGACAGCGGUGACGACAAAGAGAACCAGGGAGAUUGCAAGAGACAGUGGCCUCAGCACCAGGUCUCGGCGCCUGCCGAUUUGGGCUACGACGGCAGAGUGGAUUCCUUUACAGACAGAACUACCUUGAGCGCCGGUUCCACCAUCAACAUCUUGGAAGAGCCCGGCUGCUUAGACCUGAGGAAAACAGAAGCGGGCAAACUCCACAGUGCCAAACGCCUUUCUCCAGAUCAAGUCUUCAGUGCUGGCGUACCAAAGAGGGCGAUUUUGAGUCAAGGCGUUUUGGGAGACGGCAAGAGAAGGGACGAGGUUUCUCCCCAGGAUCAGAACGCCCUCCGGGGCUCCGCGAACUUGGGGUCUCCAACCCCAGGGGAGUGCAGCGUGGUGUUGGUGGAGGCCCCGAUCCCCGCCGGGCCCGAAGGCUUGUGGUUCAAGUCGUGGGGAAGAAAAGCGUCCAUUUUCUCUCACUUUCAUUUCUGCGACACCAAGCGGUGGCAACGGUUAGCUAGACUGAAGCCGAAGCUCAAUGGGUUUCUCUUCGAGCAGAGGUCCCUUUUAUGUCCGGAAGGUUUAACCCUCUGCUCACCCAACCACGUAAAUGGCCGUAGGAACAAGUUCCUAAGAAGCCAUCUUGGGCAAGUUUCCCUGGGCUGCCAUCAAGGUCACGGCGAGAGUAUUUUCUUGAUGCUAAGGCCAAGUUCCUGUAUACCACCAGACCCAUGGUUGCUGUGGAGCUGUAAAAAAUAACACGUUCCCUCCAUUGUAUUUUUUUCCCCUCUUCUUCAAUAGGCUAGACAUUCACAUAAUUAGAAGUAAUUCGGAGGGAGUGUUUCAGAAUUAGGAUAUCGCGGAAGGCUCUGCUCAUGUAAAUACAUCCAAGUGUUUGUCUUCAAAAAUUGGGAAAAACAAAAACAAAGGAUUGGCAUACCAGUCUCCCUAGCAACUUCGUGGACACAUUCAAUCUCUCUCUCAUGUAUAAACAACACACACUCACACGGAUCUGUAUGUACUCUUUGUGUAGUAGCUUCAUUUCUUCGUGGGAACUGGAUAUUCUUAUGGACUCGCUGGACAAGACAGGAAAGUGCCAUUUAAAAAAAAAGAAUUUGCAAAAAAAUAAUAAUGAGAGAAAAACCCGUUACGAGAGAAGUCUACGGAGCAAUAUUUUCAGAAAGACUUUCUAGAACCGAUGGGUUUUGAUUUUUUUGGGCUUGUUUGUAAGUGGAGGAGAGGAGGAAGUAAGAAGGCGUAUAAGGAAUCCUUGGGGGUUUGGGCUUCUUUAAUCAGAUAGAGCAAAAAUUAUGUUAUCAGGUUGUUUUGCAGGUCUGCUGUUAAAAAGCCAUAUGGGAGGUUCAAUCUAGCACCUGGGCCCUUCCCAACCCUUCAGGUGCAG